GUGCGGGAGGUGGGGCGCCCUCGGAACGCCUCGGGACCUGGGACGUGCGGCUGGACGGCCGCGGAGAGAGGCGGGCGCCUCGGCCGGGUCACAAGCCUUCGGAGCGCCCCCGCGGGGCUAGCCACCUAGACCCCGCCGCCGUCCCCCAGCGGAAGCGCACUGGGGCAGGGACACUGAUGGCCAUUGACCCCCGGAGGGCUUCCUGGAAGAAGGGACUGCUCCACGGAGGCCCGAAGGCGCAGAAGUGGGCGGAGAGAAAGGCGGGCCACUGUUAGCCCUGGUAGGGCCCGGACGUCAUACCCCCGGGCGCGGGCCGCAGGUACCUGCUGGAGCAGCGAGACGUGGAGGUGAAUGUGCGGGACAAGUGGGACAGCACCCCCUUGUACUAUGCCUGCUUGUGUGGGCACGAGGAGCUGGUACUCUAUCUUCUGGCCAAUGGAGCCCGCUGUGAGGCCAACACCUUCGAUGGUGAGCGCUGCCUCUAUGGGGCACUGAGUGACCCCAUCCGCCGGGCUCUACGUGAUUACAAGCAGGUCACGGCUUCCUGCAGGAGGCGGGAUUACUAUGAUGACUUCUUGCAGCGGCUUCUGGAGCAGGGCAUCCACAGUGAUGUGGUCUUUGUAGUACACGGAAAGCCAUUCCGGGUGCAUCGCUGCAUCCUGGGUGCACGCAGUGCCUACUUUGCUAACAUGCUGGACACCAAAUGGAAGGGCAAGAGUGUCGUGGUUCUCAGGCACCCACUGAUCAACCCCGUGGCUUUUGGGGCCCUGCUGCAGUAUCUGUACACAGGCCGCCUGGACGUCGGCGUAGAGCAUGUGAGUGACUGUGAGCGCCUGGCCAAGCAGUGCCAGCUGUGGGACCUGCUCAGCGACCUGGAGGCCAAGUGCGAGAAGGUGUCUGAGUUUGUGGUGUCUAAGCCAGGCACGUGCGUGAAGGUGCUGACCAUCGAGCCCCCGCCUGCAGACCCCCGCCUCCGGGAGGACAUGGCGCUGCUGGCUGACUGUGCCCUGCCCCCCGAGCUCCGAGGUGAUCUUUGGGAGCUGCCCUUCCCUUGUCCUGAUGGCUUCAACAGCUGCCCUGACGUCUGCUUCCGAGUGGCCGGCUGCAGCUUCCUCUGCCACAAGGCCUUCUUCUGUGGCCGCAGUGACUACUUCCGGGCCCUGCUGGAUGACCACUUCCGAGAGAGCGAGGAGCCGGAGACCUCAGGGGGCCCCCCCGCCAUCACCCUGCACGGCAUCUCACCCGACGUCUUCACCCACGUGCUCUACUACGUGUACAGCGACCACACUGAGCUGUCCCCUGAGGCGGCCUAUGACGUGCUGAGCAUCGCCGACAUGUACCUACUGCCAGGCCUGAAGAGGCUGUGUGGCCGCAGCCUGGCCCAGGUGCUAGAUGAGGACAGUGUGGUGGGUGUGUGGCGCGUGGCCAAGCUCUUCCGCCUGGCGCGGCUUGAGGACCAGUGCACUGAGUACAUGGCCAAGGUCAUUGAAAAGCUGGUGGAGCGGGAAGACUUCGUGGAGGCGGUGAAAGAGGAGGCAGCGGCUGUGGCGGCCCGGCAGGAGACAGACUCCAUCCCACUGGUGGACGACAUCCGCUUCCAUGUGGCCAGCACGGUGCAGACCUACAGUGCCAUAGAGGAGGCGCAGCAGCGACUGCGGGCACUCGAGGACCUGCUCGUGUCCAUUGGCCUGGACUGUUGAGCCCCUGGCUGGGCAGCCCCAGGGGCCAGGAGCUCCCUUGGAGACAAGCAUGUGUGUGUGUUUGUGUGCAGCUCUUCUUCCUGCUCCCUGCACGUUGAGGGCUUCAUGGUGGGUGCAGUGGGCUCAGUGGGGCUUCUCUUCCCUCCAUGAGCCUGGAGACCCCAGGGGAGGAUGCAUUUGGGAUGAGCCCCCUCCCCCCAAUGCACAAGCCAGCCCCCAAGAUCCUGGGGGUGGGCACCACUCAGGGAAACCUGGGGUGGGGGUGGGCUUUGGUCUUAGCACUUUCCUUCCCCAGAUCCCCCUCCCCACACCACCCAGUCCCAAAUCCAGUCUUGUAGCCCUCACCCAGCCCUGGAUUGCUUCUCUAAGCCGGUGUUCCCAUGCACAGGGCCAUUCAGGAAGGGCUGGGGGAGUGUGUGUGGCAAUAAAGCUUGAAGGCAUUGUGGGAGCGUGA